AUGACGUCAAAUGCACAGUUUUUAAGAGAAUAUAAACUUGUAGUUGUUGGCGGUGGUGGUGUUGGCAAAUCUGCUUUAACAAUUCAAUUUAUUCAAUCACAUUUCGUUGAUGAGUAUGACCCAACAAUUGAAGAUUCAUAUCGUAAACAGUGUGUUAUUGACAAUGAAGUAGCACUAUUAGAUGUAUUGGAUACUGCAGGACAAGAGGAAUACAGCGCGAUGCGUGAACAAUAUAUGCGAACUGGCGAAGGAUUUCUUCUCGUUUAUUCAAUCACAUCUCGAAAUUCAUUUGAUGAAAUUCGAAUUUUUCAAGAACAAAUUCUUAGGGUUAAAGAUAAAGAUCAUUUCCCAAUGAUUCUAGUAGCCAAUAAAUCUGAUUUAGAGCAUGAAAGAAAAGUUUCACAUCAAGAGGGAGUAAAGCAAGCUGGCGAAUUUGGAUGUAAAUUUAUUGAAACUUCUGCAAAACAACGAAUCAAUGUAGAUGAUGCAUUUCAUAAUCUUGUUAGAGAUAUUAGACUAUACAAUAAAGAUCCAAUGUUUGGUGGAAGAAAUCCAUCAUCUGGCCCAGGAAAUAAUGAUUAUACGGAUACAUACGAUGAUAGUGGUUGUUGUUGUGUUAUUUUGUAA